GAAUCAACAAUCCCCACACACAGCAGGAAUCAACAAUCCUUUGGGACUCCAGCUCACAGAAUUAGACCUAAACUAGCCACCAAACAACUCCUGUCCAACCAUGAACGGGAAACUCGUAGCUAUCCUGGCUCUUUUCCUGAUCUCAGCAGCUGUGUCUCAAGGUAGGACCCUGGCAAGGAUGGGAACCGAGCUCCGGUGCCAGUGCAUAGCCACUCAUUCCAGGUUCAUUCCCCCGAAAUCCAUUCAAGAUGUGAAGCUGACACAGAGCGGCCCCCACUGCAAGAAUGUUGAAGUCAUAGCUACUCUGAAGGAUGGCAGAGAGGUGUGCUUGGAACCCACUGCUCCCUGGGUACAGCUGAUUGUAAAGGCAAUUUUGGCCAAGGCUGAACAAAAUUCUGACUCUCCUCUCUAAGAAACACUGGGACAGAAAAAAUGUGGGAACUGCUUCUGCUCCUCUGUCAAGAGAAACGUUUGGGAAAAGCAUCAUUCAAGCAGUGCACCAUCUUCUACAUCCUGCAUCAAUGUGAUGAUGUUAAUUAUGGAAGGUUUUAUUUAUUUAUCUAUUUAUUUAACUGUGUGUAUUUAAGGAAGUCUUUUGCUAUGGUCAGUGUUGUCCGUGGGAUAUGCUGCUCGUGACACUGAAGGAAAAGUGGUUUGCUGAAGGAUAUUGAGAACCUUUGGCAGCCACUUUAGCCAAACAUAUGCAGUGAGGUGCAAUGCACCCUCAGCACAGCUUAUUUACACUAAACCUGAUAAUUUUGCUAUUUCACCAGCAAACUGAUGAAUCCUCCUGCUCCCCUGGAGCACACCAGUAUGUUGUGUCAACAACAGCUUCCUGAACCACAGUCAGCCUGUGGCCAGACUGUGAACUGUAAUGUCUAAUUUGAAAAACCUAACCUACAGAAUGUGUAACGCUGUAUUUGGUAUUUAUGUAUUGUGAUUUCCAUGGUAUUUAUAAAUGUAUUUAUUGAGGAGUUGCUAUGUAAGAAAGCAAACAAUUAUAAUUUAUUUAAUUUCUACUGGAUUUUUUCAUUUCUGGAGAAAUAUUCACAAUCUCAUUACUCUGUACUUGAUUGUAUGUCUAAUUAGCUACCCCAUCAGCUAAUGGAAAAAAUCGCAUUUUACGUACCUAGAGUUUGAAUAUGAGAGUGUAAUUAUUCCUAAAAAUGUACUAUUAAAAGUUUUAUAUAUAAAAAA